AUGUUGAGAAAGAUUGGAGGUUAUGGUACACGAUUAAGACCAUUAACAUUGACGAAACCAAAACCGCUAGUUGAAUUUUGUAAUAAGCCAAUGGUGCUACAUCAAAUUGAAGCUCUUGCACAUGUAGGUGUUGAUCAUGUGAUAUUAGCAGUUAGUUAUUUAUCAGAUAUGCUGCAACAGGAAAUGGAAAUCGAAGCAAAACGUUUACAUAUAAAAAUAACAUUAUCACAAGAAACGGAACCAUUAGGAACAGCGGGACCCCUGGCGUUAGCACGUGAUCAUUUGAAAACAGACAAUGAUCCAUUUUUCGUUUUAAAUUCAGAUGUGAUAUGUGAAUUUCCAUUUGAAGAAAUGAUUGAAUUCCACAAAAAACAUGGACGUGAAGGAACAAUUGUGGUUACCAAAGUAGAAGAACCAAGUAAAUAUGGUGUCGUUGUUUAUGAUUUUGACAGUGGACAAAUUCAUCGUUUUGUUGAAAAACCUCGUGAAUAUGUUUCAAAUAAAAUUAAUGCUGGUUUAUAUAUAUUCAAUUCGUCUAUUCUUCAACGUAUUCAGCUGAAACCCACUUCAAUUGAAAAAGAAGUAUUUCCAGUUAUGGCUCAAGAUAAUGAAUUGUAUGCUUACGAAUUGAAAGGAUUUUGGAUGGACGUUGGUCAACCAAAAGAUUUUUUAACUGGAAUGGGUUUGUAUUUAAACUAUAUUCGUCAUUCAAAUUCUGAUAGAUUAUCUCGUGAAAAUGGUAUUGUUGGGAAUGUUCUUGUGGAUUCAUCUGCUAAAAUCGGCGAAAGAUGUCGCAUAGGUCCUAAUGUUGUUAUUGGUCCUAAUGUUGUUAUUCAAGAUGGUGUAUGCUUGAAAAAUUGUACAAUAUUAUCCAAUUCGUUAGUUAAAAGUCAUUCCUGGAUUGCUAAUUGUAUCAUCGGUUGGAGAUGCGUCAUUGGACAAUGGGUAAGUUUACGGUAUCAUAUAACAAUACUACUAUCAGCAGAGACGUACUGUCAGUUCUCUUACUCUAUCUCAUGAAACGGAAUUAAAUAUUUUGUUAAUGUGUACUAGUAAAUGUGCUUAAAAAUCAAGUAUCAACUUAAGGCGUCAGUAAUUCAAAAUUCAGGUGGAUUUUAUUUUUUUCUUAAAAGCACAUUACUUCAUGCCAUUUCAUCUGGUGAUCACGAAUCUGACCUUUUUUCAUUUAGACCGAGUUUUCAGGGAGAAAAACACCAGAAAACUGACUUUUCAGAAAAUCCCAAUUAUCUCUUCACGAUUAAACAUUCCGAUCUCACCGAUGCGGUUUUCGGAUUCUCCGACUAAAACUGAGUCUAGACAUGUGAUCUAGCUCAUAAUAGUAAGUAUCGUAUAGGCUAUAGCAAUUCAAAGAGAUAAUUGGGAUUUUCUGAAAAGUCAGUUUUCUGGUGUUUUUGAGGUGUUUACAGUAUUUUGCGUUUUUCUCCCUGAAAACUCGGUCUAANUAUAGCAAUUCAAAGAGCAGUGGUCCUCCGUUUUGACGACCUAAUUUUGCAACCCUACCUAGUUUUUUCGUUGGAGAUCUAGCACCUUUAUUCAUAUGCCAUUCGAACCGCCUGGUGGCGCGCUACAUACUGAUGGCUCGAUUUUUUCUUUUGACUUCGGGAGACACGGAUUUCUAGAAAACCAGUUUUCCAGAAACUCUAAAAGAUAACUAAAACCUUUCCUAGUAAGGCAUAAUUUUAUCCCGCAAAUUUCUGAUUAAAAUCAGACGUCUCCGAAUUCUACACGAAAAUUAGAUUGUCAAAACGGAGGACCACUGCUCUUUGAAUUUCUAUAGCCUAUACGAUACUUGCUAUUAUGAGCUAGAUCACAUGUCUAGGCUCAGUUUUAGUCGGAGAAUCCGAAAACCGCAUCGGUGAGAUCGAAAAGUUGAAUGGUGAAGAGAUAAUUGCGAUUUUCUGAAAAGUAAGUUUUCUGGCGUUUUUGAGGUGUUUACAGUAUUUUGCGUUUUUCUCCCUGAAAACUCGGUCUAAAUGAAAAAAGAAGGUCAGAUUCGUGAACACCAGAUGAAACGGCAUGGAGUAAUGUGCUUUAAGAAAAAAAUAAAAUCCACUUGAAUUUUGAAUUACUGACGUCUUAAG